UUGGGCUCGUCUUGCUGUUCUCAGGUCUAGCAAUCCCUGACGAUCAAUGUCCAAAUCCGCUGUUCUAGCCAUGUACGGUACAUACAUUUGCAUCUGCUCAGGUAACGGCUAAACCCUGGUACCAAGUCGGCUGAUGGAUGCAUGGGAUCUCCCAGUCUUCUGAUCACUGUGCUCACUUCCAAGGUUUCCGGAGCUACAAGUUUGCUAGCUUCGGGUUGCCAGCUGAGCCUGCCGUUGAACCUAAAGAACUGGAUUAUACAGCAUCGUUAUUUCGGCUUCCUCUUCAGCUUUUCCUGAUCUUCCUUAUUCAUUUGGUAUGAACAUAAUGUCUGAAGCCUAAGAAAAGCCCGAUCAUCACUCGCUUCUUCCGUCCAAAGCUUAUCGAUUAGCGACUUGCCCAACAUCGAGCUCCCCAGCACGAAAUGCGCCAGUUUAUUCCCAGCCUCCCACUUUUUCUCACUCUCCUCCCAAGCGCGUCGCGAACUGUCUUGCUGAGCGCAGAGCCACUGUCAGAGGAUAUAGCAAGACCGCGCGCACUUUAUGACCGACGGAGCGACCUACAAUGGCCUGCCAUACGAGCGAAGAAUGCGGAGCCAGCUUUAAAGGAGAUCGCAGCGCGAAGCCUGGAAGAUGACCUGGUAGCGCGACAGAACUACUAUGCCUUUUCUGGGGCAAUUUACAUCGUAGGACCGAACGGACAGUCUUUGAGUAAUUUGAAUGCUGCAAGCCCGGCCUAUUGUCCAAAUUCUGCACCGCAGAGCUGUGGAAAUAUCGGCGUCUGGAACUGGUGUUGUCCGUCAGGCAAUACAUGCGCCUGGGCAGAUUCAGCGCAUACAUACGUUGGGUGCUGUCCUAGCGGCGUCACUUGCGCACAAGGAAGCGUGAAUGCCAACCAGAUUCAAACAGUCACCGUGUACGUAACGACCACUCAGUACCAGCAACCGAACGAGGUCACAACUGUUAUCGCGGCUGGAGGUCAAGGUAGUACCACGACAGCAGCAGGAAACAUCAUCGUCGUUGGCAAGACCACAGGGCUGGCGACCUACAAUGGCUAUUGUACGACGAUAUAUGCACAAAACUUGGGCCCCACACCCACUACAGCCGCUGCAGCCUGUGGCAUUGCCCUAGUCGUGAAUGAGGCAGCGCGUCCAGUUUUACGACAAGUGCUGACUGCAACGGCGGCGUUUUGGCUCCUGGUGGUCUUUGUGGGCGUUGUACCGUUUCGGAUACGAAGUUAAGACCAGUUUGUUCAUACAGCGGAGCACAAUGUGUCUCGAUGUAAUAUUGUACAUCUUGGAGAGUCUUCCUGCAUUGCAGAGCGUUGGACGCUCGCGCGCUACAUGAUUGAUCAUCUUCUUCUGGAUGAUUUGUAUGAUCAUUCAAACAACAGCUGCAACGACUUAUAUGUGUUGCGCUUCAUGCGCUGCUUAUGUGGACAGCAUGUUAUGAUAUCCUUCAUGCCGCUAUCCAUAGAAUGACAUUGAUUGUUCGCAUCAUUACCCCUUACUCAUAGUAGAAGAUAAUGCAGCAAAGCUAUAAUCGAGCUUCCGCAGUAUUUGAUCUUGAAUCCUGGAAGAAUCCUUGCUCAGGGUACCUACAGCAGGAAAUAUGACAUCACAUCAGGCUGGCACAACAUA